AUGCCUACGGAAAACGAAAGUGACAGUGAUCCUGAGCCUCCUGAACCAAGUUGUUAUAAAUGUUGCGUGAAGAAAAAAGCACCAAGCGUUCUGGUGUGCAUAAGUUGUGGUUCUCUGUUUCACUUUAGCUGUUCUCAAAGAAAAAAAUGCCUUGUUAUUGAUGGUACACGGGUAAUCUGUUGCUCGAAAAAUAUAGCUUAUAAUUCUAAGGAUACAAGCAAUUUAAAUCCAAAUCAAAUGGAAAAUUAUCUGUUAAAAGUGGUAUUGCAGCAGUUGCAAGAUCAAAAUCUGCAGCUUAAAGAAGACUCUGGCCAACUGAAAAAAGAUUUAGUUGAUACUACAAAAAAGUAUGAGGAUAUAAAGAAUAGAGGUCUCCCAUUACUGACUGUAGGUAGCAUGGAGAAAAGGGCUAUUUCUGAUGCUAAUGUAGUGAAAAGCGAGCCUGUUAUAAUUGUGAAACCGAAGAAGGAUCAAAAUAGUAGGGAUACUAAAAAAGAAAUUAGGAGGAAAGUGAAUCCUGAUGGCAUAAAUAUUUCAAAAUUUCGUCAAGGAUCAAAUGGGACAGUUAUCAUAGGGACCGAAAACAUUAAACACAUGGACUCUCUAAAGAAUCAGUUGUCGAAGGAAAUGGGAGCAGACUAUGAAGUUGUGGUCCCUACUAAGAAAAGACCUAAGGUCAAGGUUGUAAACAUAAAUAGCUCCAAUGUGGAUGUAGGCGAUGAGGAUGAAAACAUAACAGAUCAGCUGGUGAAGGGGAAUAGUCUAGUUCAGGAUGAAGGGUUUCACAUGAGAAUUGUCAAGAAAACAGAAAACAAGUAUAAAAACGUAGAUCUGAUUAUCGAAAUGGAUUCAAAAACUCAUAGCCGCAUUCUCACUCAAGAAAAGAUAAAGAUUGGAUGGUCAAGAGCUCGUGUAUUUAAUCAUAUUAGCAUUUUACAAUGCUACAAAUGCAUGAGUUAUAAUCACUAUGCAAAAGAUUGUAAUUCGGAUGUAGUAACUUGCUCACAAUGUGGAGGAGACCACUCCUAUAGACAAUGUAAUACACCGACAGUCAAAUGUUGUAACUGUGAUAGGAAAAAUAAAAAGAAUAAAAAUAGUAGUUUGGACAUAGGACAUUCAGCUUUGGAUAGGACAUGCCCCUGCAGAAACGACAUAGCAUCAUUUGAAACGGCUAGUAGGGGAAAGGAAGGUUUGAUGGCGAUCGUAACGUUAACGUUGGCGUUGUAA